GCUGGUUGGCUCUGAUUCGGUAAGAUCACGGUGGGGGGACGAAGCUUAUGUGACAGACGGACCCAGCUACCAGAGUAGCAGCCAAACUGAAGACAUGUGUGGAAUCUUUGCCUAUCUCAACUACCAUGUGCCAAGGACUCGCCGUGAGAUCCUUGAGAUCCUCCUCAAAGGUCUGCAACGUCUGGAGUACAGAGGCUAUGACUCAGCGGGUGUGGGGAUCGAUGGGGGUAACGGCAAGGAGUCAACUGGCAAAUCUAUCCAAAUCAUCAAGCAACGUGGAAAAGUGAAGGCUCUCGAUGAGGAGAUCCACAAGCAGCAGGACAUUGACCUAGAUGUGGAGUUUGAUGUUCACCUCGGCAUCGCCCACACCCGCUGGGCCACCCACGGUGUACCAAGCCCAGUCAACAGCCAUCCACAUAGAUCUGAUAAGAGCAAUGAAUUCAUUGUCAUUCACAAUGGAAUUAUCACCAACUACAAAGACCUGAGGAAAUUCCUGGAGAGCAAAGGCUACGAGUUUGAGUCGGAAACCGACACAGAGACAAUCGCCAAACUGGUGAAGUACAUGUAUGACAACCGCGAGAGUGACGACCUCAGUUUUUCCACACUGGUGGAGCUGGUGAUCCAGCAGCUGGAAGGAGCUUUUGCCCUGGUCUUCAAGAGUGUCCAUUACCCCGGAGAGGCGAUUGGCACUAGGAGGGGAAGUCCUCUGCUGAUGGGAGUGCGGAGUGAUCACAAGCUGUCCACAGAUCAUAUUCCUGUGCUCUACCGCUCCUCUGGUAAAGACAAGAAGAGCUGCGGUGCUCUACCCAGGAGCGACCAGGACACCUGCCUGUUCCCUGUGGAUGAGAAAGCUGUGGAGUACUACUUUGCUUCGGAUGCAAGCGCAGUGAUCGAGCACACAAAUCGAGUGAUCUUCCUGGAGGAUGACGAUGUGGCCGCCGUGAUGGACGGCCGGCUGUCCAUCCACAGGAUAAAACGCAGGGCUGGAGACUACCCAUCCCGGGCCAUCGAGUCCCUGCAGAUGGAGCUGCAGCAGAUCAUGAAAGGCAACUACAGCUCCUUCAUGCAGAAGGAGAUAUUUGAGCAGCCAGAGUCUGUGGUCAACACCAUGAGAGGGAGAGUUAACUUCGAUGACAACACAGUGACGCUGGGUGGACUGAAGGACCACAUCAAAGAGAUCCAGAGGUGUCGGCGACUUAUACUUAUAGCCUGCGGCACCAGCUAUCAUGCUGGAGUAGCGACCCGUCAGGUCCUGGAGGAGCUAACCGAGCUGCCUGUCAUGAUUGAGCUGGCCAGUGACUUCUUGGAUAGGAACACACCUGUGUUCCGAGAUGACGUCUGCUUUUUUAUCAGCCAGUCAGGUGAGGAGGACGGUGCCAUCUGCAAUUCCCUAUUCCCUAUUUAUCUUCUAGCCUACACCAGUCAGUUUGUGGCCCUGAUCAUGUUUGCCCUGCUGAUGUGCGAUGACAGGAUUUCAGUGCAGCCCAGACGGCGUGAGAUAAUCCAGGGUCUGAGAAUUCUUCCAGAUCUGAUUAAGGAGGUCCUCUCUUUGGAUGAUGAGAUCCAGAAGUUGGCCACGGAGUUGUAUCAGCAGAAGAGUGUCCUGAUCAUGGGCAGAGGCUACCAUUACGCUACCUGCCUGGAAGGAGCACUGAAAAUCAAGGAGAUCACAUACAUGCAUUCAGAGGGGAUCCUAGCUGGAGAGCUGAAACACGGCCCACUGGCCCUGGUGGAUAAACUCAUGCCAGUCAUCAUGAUCAUCAUGAGAGACCACACUUACGUCAAAUGUCAGAAUGCCCUGCAGCAAGUCGUCGCCCGUCAGGGCCGUCCUAUUGUGAUCUGUGACAAAGAUGAUUACGAGACCAUCAAGAACUCCAGCCGCACCAUCAAAGUGCCUCACUGUGUGGACUGCCUGCAGGGCAUCUUGAGCGUCAUACCUUUGCAGCUGCUGUCCUUCCACCUGGCUGUGCUCCGAGGUUAUGACGUGGACUGUCCAAGAAACCUGGCCAAGUCAGUGACAGUCGAGUGAAGGGCACCAUUCAUCACGUAAUGACAGAAGCCUGGCAGACACAUACUCAGUAGAACCUACAGUGAGGAAGCGUGUGUUUGUAGAAAACAAGAGAAGAAAAUGUCCCGUUUAUGUGUCUCAUGUUACAGCUUUUUUUAAAGCUGCGGGGUUUUUUUUCCACAGCUGUGCAUCUUCACUGUCCAUAUUAUCUAUAUCUCAAUGUCUAUACUCUCUUUGGUAUCAUUGUCAUGUUAUUGUUAGAGAAGUUGUUUUGCGUCCAUGGUCGCAGGGUCGGGGCUGGCACUGGUGUAUCUUCAUCACUUGUACUGGGUGUGAGAGUCUGUAGUGACACGGACUGACUCAAAACCUUUGAGCAGGCGCUCAGUGUGUAUUUGUCCUGAUUGGCCUCUUGGGGAGCUGCUUUAAAAAAAGCUGUUUACUGACGUAAAGUUAGGUUGUUAAAAACCUUUUUACUGGUACUCCUUUCAUUAGUGCAAUGAUUUGUAGAUUAUAUGGAAUAUUUUUCUUUGGCUGCUAAUCAUUUCAAGUGUAUUUACUCCACAGAUGAAGUAAACAACAAUCUUAAAUCAUUCCAAGCCACAGGUCAUCAAUUUCUCAUAAUUACAGCACAGUUUGCCUGUUUUGAAUUGGCCUUUCCUCGGAGUUUGCACAAUUUACUGUAGGAGCAGCAUCAUAAUCACAGAAAAGUUAAUGAAUACACUAUUGUGUAGAAAGCUUCUUGGAUAGGCUACAAAUGCUUCCUCUUUGUAUAAACCUUGUCUGUCAGAUUUUAAACUCUGGUUUUGGCACAAAAAAAGUGUUUAUCGAGCCACCUACACCAGAGUGAGGUUUUUUUUACCAUGCACUGUUUCUACCUUUUAGGGGAUGUUAGGUACGUGAUACUCAGACAGCUUAGAUACUCUAAAAUCUCUCCGUGCACUGCUGGGUUUGAUUCAUACAUUGACUUCUGUUGCUUAACUGCUCAUCAGAGACCUUAUCGCUCACUUCUAGUCUGCAGUUUGCUCUUAAUUUAAAAACUGACGUAAUUGCAGGGAGAUGAAGUAGAAGUUGCACCUAGCUGCCAGCCCACACCCCUCCAUGACUGCUGAAAUAUGGGACCAUCUGUAGCUAUUGCUUGAUUCUUUGUUUCAUUUUCAUAAAAAAAAAAAGAAGACAUUAUUUUAUAUUAUUGAAAUUACUUUUUGAUUUGAAAUGUGAAUGUUACCGUCUUUAUGAAAUGUACUGUCAAACCAAAAAUCUGUACAAUGGCUUUGGCAGUUGUAAACCAAAACAUAUAUAUAUAUUUUAUAUGUUCAUCUUAUUUUUGUUUUUGUAGCAAAUGUACUAACACUGAUAGAUUGGUGUGAAGACACUUGGAGACUCAAUCGUGCAUAUAUGCAGUUACAUAGCUGUACUGUAGAUGCUUAUGUAGACAUCAGAUGUGAGUUGUGUGUGUGUUUGUGCAUGUUCCUUAAUGUCUUUUUCAGAAGCCAGGGAAAGACUGAUACGUGUACACACACACACACACACAUUUGUUUAUGAUGAAGAAAUAGGAACUAGAUAUUUACCUUGCUUUUGCAAUCAAGCCUUAACUCAGACUUUUUGCAGUUUCUUUCCUCUGACAGUGAGCUUUUCCUGAGCCAGUAGAAAAAGGGUUUGAAAGCUGGACAAUGUUGUUACUGGAAUUGUUUUGUAAGUCAUGCACAUGAGCAGAAUUUGAUUUAGACUGGAGACAUUGAUAACAAGGAUUCUGCACUGAAUCCUCACAUCCGUUGGGUUACUGAGGGAGUCGGGCACUAUUUAUUAGUGGAACUGAUGCAAUAAAGUGUCAAAUACUUCA